AAUUAACGAUUUUUAAGAAGAUCACCAUCUUUUUUUAUAUUUUUAAGAAGAUUUACAAUCAAAUUUAUUGGAAUUAAAAUAACCAACGCAAGUAAUUAUCAAAAUAUCAAUUCAACAUCUAAAAAAAUAACCAACGCAACCAAUUAAAACCUAAAUUUAAAGGAAAAAUCCGUAAUUAAUAAUCAACAAAUAUUUUUGUUAAAAAGAAGAAUAACAUAAAAGGUUAUAUUGGUGCCUCUCUAAUUGAAAUCCUGGAAAAAAACCCGAUUUUUUAAAAUUCAUAUUUAUAGAAUUUACUUAAGACCUAAUAAUAUAGGCCCUAAUUCAUUUUACAUUAAAAAGAAUAAUUACAAUUUUUUGUAAGUCAAGUAAUUUAAUUUAUAUAUAAAUUAAAAAAUAUGGAAAUAUUUUGAAUUAAAUCUGCACAACACUAUAGAUGAUUAUAAUUUUUAUUAAUAUUGUAAGGCAUUUUUAUGACUUAAAUUAAUAAUCAACAAAUAUUUUUGUUAAAAAGAAGAAUAAGUAUAUCUUAUAAUAAAAAUAUUAUUAAAAAGAAGAAUAAGUAUAUCUUAUAAUAAAAAUAUUAUUUUUAUCCACUGAUAUAGCAUAAAAGGUUAUAUUGGUGCCUCUCUGAUUGGAAUCCUAGAAAAAAACCCCAGAUUUUUUAAAAUUCAUAUUUAUAGAAUUUACUUAAGACCUAAUAAUAUAGACGCUCUCAACUGAAUAAAUAAUCAAGCAUAAUAAUAAUUUGUAAUAUAUUACUAAAUACCGACUUAUUGAUUAAAUGACAUUGAUAUGCUGAUUUCCGUGCCUAUGAUCGUAUGGACACUUCAUCGUAAAGUUUCGUCCAAUUCUGUGAUUGGUUCAUUAAAGUGCGGGAAAACCAAUAGUUUAAAAAUAUUUUUAUUUAUAAUCAUUGUAAUGGAAAUUAAAACGGUAUCAAACAAUAUCACAAUUCUUCUUGAGAAAAGAAUUAAUCCCAAUAUAAUUCAAUGUUAACAAUCUAGAUAUAAUCAAUUUAGUAAUGUAAUUUUAGAAAACAAAAUUACUAAUAAAAAAUCCAAAAGAGGACAUGAUAUUCUAUGUUUUAAUGAUUUGGAAUAUACAUUGCAUAGAGUAAUUAAUUCCAAAUCAUAUUACUGAUGUAGAAAAAAAAGUUGUUCUGGACGGGGUAUUUUUCAAUCAGUAAGUUCACAGAAAAUCAAGAUUAUACCUUAGAACAAUGUAAAUCCCCUAUUGUCAAUAACCUUCUACUUAUGUCUGAUAGUCAACCAAUAACUCAAUUCCAAUUAUCUCAACAAAUUAUACAACCUUCAUUAUCAAUUUUAGAGUAUCAGCUUACUCAAUCUCAAAUUCUAGCAAUGCCCAACAUGCAGUCUGCUAAUACCAUAUCAAGCAAUAUGUUUACUCAGUCUCAGUUCUUUGUCACAAACUCUCAACCAACUUUAACUAGUAAUAUAUUUGCUCAAUCUCAACCCCUAGUAACACCUAACAUGCAACCUCUUAAUGCCAUAUCAAGUUUAACAAGAAUGACUCUAAAAAAACAAAUUCCAAAUAUAUCCUAAAAGAAAUAAAUUUGGAAAAGCUGACUACACAAUAUAAUAAUCAUAUUAUUAAUAAAUUGGAGUUUGCUGAUAAAUCAUCAGCUUAUAUUAAAUUAGUAUACAAUUCAAAUGUAUUUGAUAAUAUUUAAUUUAUAUUUGUUUUAUACAUGUUGAAUAAUUUUUAUUUAUUUUAAUCAUGUUUCUUUGUUUUAUACAUUUUAAAUAAUAAAUAUU